GAUUCAAACAUCAUCAUUUUUUUUCCCAGCUGACUUUGAUUAGUUUUAAUCUUCAAAUAAAAUAAUGAAAUUGUUAUCAAAUUGAUGAUCAUGAUUAUAGCCAUCAGAAAUUCAUUGUUUCAUUUGAAAUCAUCCGUUUUAUUGAGUACAUUUAAUAGAGUACAAAUUCAUACAUCAAUUCGGUUUGAUAGAAAUUUUUUCAAUUAUGAACAAUUUACAAAAGAAUCAAAUGUUGGUCGAAAAACACCACCAAAAAUGAAAGGAAAAUUUUCCGAAAUCUAUAAACGACGUCCACUUUUUUGGAUGAUUCGUGGAACUGAUGCACUCGUUGAACAUAAUCAAAUAUGUUUAGCUAUGGCCGGUUUUUCAUUUGUUGUAUUUGCAAUAAUAAUUGGCUGGGCUUAUUGGCGUCAUUUGAAUAAUAAAUCAAUACCAGGUCAAAAAUUUAACACUAUGAUGAAUAGAAAUGAUUCACCCGAACGACAAGCAAUGUUUGAACUACGUAAACGUUUUACCGAAUUAGGCCUGAUUGGAAAUUUUGCAAAAGAUAAUUUUAAUGAUUUUGGUGAACUUAAACGUAUAGAACCACCGAUCACUGAAAAUUUUGAUGAUAUUCGUCAUCCAAUAAACGCUAUUCGUCGUGAAGAUUCUGGCCGUGAUGUAACAAAAAUUGUCGAAUCUAAAUCCAAAAGUCUGAAAGAAGUUGAUAAAGCGUUGCGACAGUAAAUAAAAAAAAAUAUUUAAAAAAUUAGUCAAUUUAAUAUUCUUUAUUUUAAUGUAAAAAAUCUUGAUUAAAGUUUCAAUUCAUUUGUAAAGUUCA